AUGAAAGGGGUUAUGCGAUUUGGAAAGAAAGGAAAAUUAAGCCCAAGAUACAUUGAUCCAUUUUCUAUUAUCGAGAGAAUUGAAAAUGUUGCCUACAAGCUUGAUCUUCCUUCAUCAGUGUCUCAAGUGCACAAUGUGUUUCAUGUGUCCAUGCUAAGAGAGUACAUUGGAAAUCCUUCUCAUGUACUGAGGAAUGAACCGGUAGAGAUAAAACCAGAUUUGACUUAUGAAGAAAAACCGAUAGAGAUCCUUCAACGAGAGAUAAAGCAACUGAGAAGCAAGAAAAUUCCAUUGGUUAAGGUAUUGUGGCAAAAUCAAUCAACUGAAGAGGCUACUUGGAAAAGAGAAGAUGAAAUGCGGGUUAAAUAUCCUGAACUUUUUGAUACACAUCUUCUAAGACACAUAUGGAACCGUUUAAGGGAAGGAAAAGGUCAAAGUUGGCUGCAUAAAUCCACCUCCUGCUUGGACAGCUCAUGCUUGAGGAUACUUGUCUUUUAA